AUGAAACCAGUCAUUUGUCUUUCCAUUUUCCUCGCUGCCGGGCUUGAUGUCGCGAUUGCCCGCCCAGCAAACCUGCAUAUGAAGCGAACUCAUGACUUUGGCGUGGAGAAGCGGUCUGCGGUCUGGAACACGAAGCUUGGCCGACGGGAGGUCCCGCAAGAACACUCGCACGAGAAAUUCCUCACGACCGUCAACCAAUUCCUGAAGAUGGACAAUCCGGACAACAUUGUGGACGCGGUGUUUGGGCUCCUUGGCAACGCUGCCGCCGCCGCGGGACAGGGUUCUAUCUCCAACACGGAUUGUCUUCAGCAAGCUACCGCCGACCGAGCCUUCACCAAUGCCAAAGCUGCCGGCGAUGUUGAGGGUAUGACCGCUGCUUUGAUCUACCGAGGUCUUGAACGUAAUACCCAAGCCGUUGGACAGGCAUCGGUGCCUUGCACUGCGAUUCAAGCUGUGAAUCCGGAAAUCGCGGCCAUUUCCCAGCACCAAGACCCAGCCUCUAACAACGCCGGUGCCGUCAACAAAGACAUCGUUUUGGCACUUGCUGUUCAGAUUGCCAACAUCGGGGGCAAUCCCCUCGACGCCCUGCAGUCCGGCACUUUUGCCCCUGGUCAGAUCGGUGACCCGACUGCGAAGGGGAACAGUUGUGACGAUCAAAACGACCCUGUCGGCUGUAUCUUCACCCAGAAUCUGCUGGUUGAGGACGCCACGGAAGAUGAGGUCAAUGCUGCUGUCGCUGCCUCGGCCACUGCCUCUGCUACGGCUGCUGCAACAGAAUGCACCGCACCCCCUACUGCAGCAGACAAUACCACAUCGGCCUCCUCGACAGUGGCUUCUGUCGCUGCCACGACGACGUCCUCUGCGGCGGCCGCGACUUCGACGAUGGCCACUGCCAGUAGUAGCGGGACGACAACGAACGCGUUCAACCUAGAUUUGGGAUCCUGCCCCGACCCCACCAUCAUCUUCGCAAACGGUUUGGACGGGCGCAACGAGCCAGCCUUUGAACCUCACGACCUGACGGCCUUCCCUCAUGGCUCCGCGCUGAACAUCAAGGUCAUUACGGACUUCAUCUGCCAGCAACUCGGUCCCAGGUGCAAGGGAUCACAACAAGCCCAAGACGUGUGCAACCAGGCUGCCGCCGCCGCUCAGGGACAAACGGGCCAGGCGGCGGCUGAUGCCUUCAAUAACGCGAUUGGUUUCUAG